AUGAAACUUCACUGCUCUAAAAUAUUAUUAUUUUUACUUCCAUUAAAUAUAUUAGUAACAUCAUUAUCAAAUGUGUAUAGUAAAAAUAAAUCAUACAUCACACAACGUCAUACGCCAAGAUAUACAUCACGAGUGUUAAGCGAAUGUGACAUACCAUCGUCAAUUUAUGAUAAUGAUCCGGACAUGAAAUCAGUGAAGGGAACUUUCGAUCGACAAACGUCACAACGUUUUGAAGAAUACGAUGAACGUAUGAAAGGUAAACGCCAAAAACGUAAAGAAGAACGUGACAAAAAUAUACAAGAAAUUAUUGAAAAAGAUAGAAUGGACAAAUCAUUAGCAGAAAAAGUAGAAAAAUGUUGUCUUAUAUGUGGGUGUGGGCUAGGAGGUGUUGCAGCAAGUGUUGGAUUAAUUGGUGGACUUACUGUAAAUGAGUUGAAAAAAGCUGCUAUGGUUGUCGCUAUUGCAGGUGCUCAAAAAUCCGGUGCCCUAGCCGGUGAAGUUGCACGUAUUCCAGCAGCUAUUGAAGCAGUUAUUUCAGGAAUAGAAAGAGAAUUUGGUGUAUCAACUGAUGGUGUUCAGGGAUUGAAAUCAUUAUUUACUGCAAAUACUUAUAAUGAUGUUACAAUGAUUGCUCGUGCUAUAAAUAGUGAAUAUAACGCAUCGUCAUGUCUAAUAGGUCGCUCUGCCACUGAUAAUUCUAUUUGCCCUUGGGUGAUGACAAAGCAGGGAGCUGCACCGAGAAUUCAAGGGAAAGCUGUUUCAACGUAUGAAGUUAUAGAAACAGCUGUAAAAUCUAUCGUCUCAGAUGCCCCCAAAGCUGCUGAAACAGCUGUAGAAACGGCUACUAAAGAAUUUAUAAAAGCUAGCACUGAUGCAGUAGAAUCUACAUAUGCUAGUUGCCAGAUUGCUAUUAUUGCUUCUGUUGUUGCAAUAUUGAUUAUAGUUUUAGUUAUGAUAAUUAUUUAUUUAAUUUUACGUUAUCGACGAAAAAAAAAAAUGAAGAAAAAAGCCCAAUACACAAAAUUAUUAAAUGAAUAA